UUAUUAAUGACUUUGUAAAGCAAAGAAAAAAUCCGAAUUGGAGAGUGAGAGUUGUGUGUGAAAUAGAAAAAAGUGACAUACUCUAGUAGUGGAAGUAGAAAAGAUUUUUGCAAUUUUUUAUUGACUGGUUGAUUUUUAUUUUUUACUACUCGCGUAUGGAACAAAUUAGUAGUACGUGGCGUUAAAAAUUUGUGUUUUUCGUUUUAAUUUCUUUAUUUUCUUAAUUUGUUGUCUUCAAUUUGGUUGUUUAUUGAACAAGGAAAAAAAUUCUGUAUGAAAAAGAAAACUACGAAUUGCUGUCUCGAAAAUUUGGUGACCAGUAAAAAUCGUUUUAUUUUUUAUUGUUUUUACUUGCUGGAGGGGAAAGUAAAGAGAAUAUCAAUCAACCAACUCAUCUGCAUAAAUAUAAUCAAAGUCAAUAAACGAUAUUAAAUAAAAUUGUCAAAAAAACCGAAAUUAUUAGGUAAAAUUAAACAAUAAAUUUAAAACAAAAUAAAAGUAAACACGAGACGAGAGUAUAAUAAUUGAGUGCUGAGCUGGUGGUGUGAUAAUGACAGAUGUUUCCGUAUCUACUAAAGUGACACCCGGCAACGACAACGAUAAUGACAAUGACCCGGAGAUGAAAGGUUGGCUUCUCAAGUGGACCAAUUACUUGAAGGGCUAUCAAAAACGCUGGUUCGUAUUAUCUAAUGGUGUUCUCAGUUACUAUCGCAAUCAGGCCGAAAUGAAUCAUACAUGUCGCGGUACCAUCUCUCUGCACGGCGCUCUUAUACACACCGUUGACUCGUGCACUUUUGUUGUCUCAAACGGCGGUACUCAAACAUUUCACAUCAAGACUGCGAACGAGGUAGAGCGUCAAUCAUGGGUUACAGCUCUGGAGCUGGCCAAAGUAAAGGCCAUUCGGGCCAUGGAAAGUGAGGAGGAAGAAGAGAAAGAAACCUAUCAAGUGGUGCCCAGUCAAGAGAUCACAACAGUAGUGCGCGACCUCACCGAUCGUUUAGAGAGUCUUCGCACCUGCUACGAUUUAAUUAAUAAACACGGUGUCGCUCUUCAGGGUGCUCUCAACGAAAUGAAAUCAAUAAAUUUGGCUGCUAGUGACGAGGAGGCCGUUAACAGUCGCAUUAAAAUUGUCAAUGAACGCGCUACACUCUUUCGCAUAACGGCAAAAGCAAUGAUUAACGCCUGCAAUGAUUAUUUACGCUCGGCCGAAUCGCAGGGUCACAAGUGGUCGAAAGCCCUACAGCAUGAACGUGAAGCGCGUCAACGUUUGGAAGAGAUUGUCGAACAGUUGGCCAAGCAACACACCCAACUAGAACAAGCCGCCAGUUUGGUGCAACACAACAAAGUAGUUCCAAAUCCACCGCCAGCUGUUCCCCAAAUAUGUGACUCAGACAUGCAGCAGAAUUGCAACUUUGCCUCCGAUGAUGAAACGGAAUUUUUCGAUGCCGAGGGAUCGGUUAUCAAUAACGAAGAAGAUUCGCCACAGAAUGGCUCUGAUAGUGGUACAUUUAUAUUGAAAAUGCCCAAUGCUGGCUCCAAUAAACAACAACAAACGGAAGUCUACAGUAGCAGCAGUUCAUCAGAAGCUGAUAUGACAGUGUUACGUUCGUUACCGCAGCAGGUCUGCGUGUUGGAGGAAAGAAAAGCAAUGGAUUCGCCCGAUAUGGCUGCACCGGCAGGUGGCGAUCCACGCAAGGUUUCUACAACAGGUAAUAAUACCUCCACAGGUGAUCAGGGUGAUGGUUCCACGUCAUCUAAUCAUCCUAAUAAUCCUCAUAAUUCAGGUGAGGGCUUUGGGGGUGCUGCUGGUAGCGGCUUCGGUGGCGGAGGUGGCAGAGACCCCAACCGACCCGGCGGCAAUCCCAAAGCUUCUGAAGAUGCCAGCUCAUCAAAGGUCGUGCGUCAACGGCGCACCCGAGUUCCGGAGAAACCUCAUUAUCCUCUUAAUCUAUGGUCCAUAAUGAAAAAUUGCAUUGGCAAAGAAUUGUCCAAAAUACCCAUGCCCGUAAAUUUCAACGAACCAUUGUCCAUGCUGCAACGCCUUACCGAGGACUAUGAGUACUCGGAAAUCUUAGAUGCUGCUGCCCGUUGCACCGAUGAAUGUGAACAGUUGGCCUACUUGGCAGCGUUUACGGUAACAGCCUAUGCCACAACGGCCAAUCGUACGGGCAAACCCUUCAAUCCCCUAUUGGGUGAGACCUACGAAUGUGAUCGCAUGGAUGAUUUAGGUUGGCGUUGUAUUGCCGAACAAGUUUCACAUCAUCCUCCCAUGGCGGCUAUACAUUGUGAGGGUCAUAAAUGGAACUGUUGGCAGGAAUUCACUAUGACUAGUAAAUUUCGUGGAAAAUAUUUACAGAUUAUACCAUUGGGUAGUGCCUAUUGUCAGUUUCCAGCAACGGAUCACAAGUACACAUGGCGCAAAGUAACAACAACUGUAAAUAAUAUAAUUGUGGGCAAACUGUGGGUUGAUCAACAUGGUGAAAUGGAAAUUACUGGCUUAAAUGGCGCAGCAGGUCUAAAGUGUAUGCUUAAGUAUAUACCCUACUCCUAUUUUUCACGUGAAACCCAAAGACGUGUUAAGGGUGUGGUCAUGGAUCGCAACAACGAAGUCAAAUGGGUUAUACGUGGCGCUUGGGAUAGUAAAAUUGAAAUCGCCCCGGCUCUGUCGACUUCUGGACCAUCGGAUAGUCCUGUCUAUGAGACGGGUGCAUAUAAAACUGUUUGGCAAAGACGCAUGCCAGCGCCAGAUAGUGAGAAAUUCUACAAUUUCACGCUAUUAGCGGCUCAACUUAAUGAAAUGGAGGAGGGUAUAGCACCUACAGAUUCACGUUUAAGACCUGAUCAACGUUUAAUGGAAGAUGGCCAGUGGGACGAAAGUAAUCGCGAAAAAUUGCGCCUCGAAGAGAAACAACGAGCCAAAAGAAAACAACGGGAAGGGGAAGCUGAAGCAGCUGCUCGCCGCGGUCAACCCUUCCCACCCUAUACACCCAUCUGGUUUUCACAAGAACGCGAAGAGGGUACCGACAAUAUUGUGCACAUACAUACGGGUAACUAUUGGGAGCACAAGAAUAAACAAGAUUGGUCAAAAUGUCCAGAUAUUUUCUAAAUAAUUAUUAUACAAUAUUACUAUGAAAAAAUUAACUAUUACAACAACAAAAA